CCUCAUUAACAAACGGUGUCUUGAAAACACACUCUUUUUUGCACAAGCCAAACACACCCUAGGUUUGGCACAUAUAGCAAGUAUUUUCUUCUACUCCCACGAGAGCCGCCGCACUCUGCCCUCUUCGCCGAACCCCUUUGUCUCUCCAUCACAAUUCCGACCAUCAAACACCACCAGCAGAUCCGAAAAAGCGGCUGCAGCGGCCUAUACCCGGCAAAACAUCACGGCAUCGCGCCUCCAGCAGCCACAUUCACUCGCCAUCGCACACCACCAUUGAUUGUUUGAAGCAGAGUACAGAAUAAUGGGUCGAAAAAUUGGUGGAUUAUUUUUUAACACAAAGAAACGUAGAAUUGCCGCGAAACCUUGCAUGCAGGAGAUGAUAUCAUUUCUGAGUUGCUUGUCACAAAACCAGAUGAAUGAUGAAAGAUGUCUUCACAGCAAGGAACUUUUGAAAACCUGUUUGGAUGAUGAGACCGCGAAAAGCAAAAAGAAAGGGGGGAGCAUGAAUUACCACUUACAGAGGCUUAACAAGAAAAUGAAGUAAGUUUUUAGAUUGACAUUUCAAACUUGAGAUUCUUCCCUUGAGACGAUUAGCAUUUGAAGAAAAUCGUUUCGGUGUUGAGCAAGACAAUUGUUUUAUGCAUUAAGCUUUGUGGCUGGGGAUUUUUCAAUAAAUUUUCUAUCAAUAGGGAAGCAGAGAAUCAAGAUGACAUUUACUGUGCAAUGUAAAACUUUUGAUGUAUUGCUUGCCCAUAGAAAUCAGAGUUUGAAAUGUUUUCUGAUACUUCAA